UAACGGGCAGGGCGCACUGCAAGGCUGCUUCUCCCGCGUUCAGGCUGCAGCUGGCAGGCACCGCGAGCCCCGAGCACCCACAAACUGAGAGUGCAGGACGCGCCCCCAGCACAGCCACCUACGGCCGCUGAAUGAAGCUUCCAGGAGUCCGCCCCCGGCCGGCUGCGCCCCGUCGGAGGUGCACCCGCUGAGAGCGCCUGGGCAGGGAAAGCCAGUGCGCUCACCUGCCAGCCAUGGGGCCACACGGGAACGACAGUGACUUCUUGCUGGUACCCAACGGAAGCCGAGCGCCAGACCACGACAUCACUCAGGAACGGGACGAAGCGUGGGUGGUGGGCAUGGCCAUCCUCAUGUCGUUUAUUGUCCUGGCCACCGUGUUUGGCAACGUGCUGGUCAUCACAGCCAUUGCCAAGUUCGAGCGACUGCAAACUGUCACCAACUACUUCAUAACCUCCUUGGCGUGUGCUGAUCUACUCAUGGGCCUAGCGGUGGUGCCGUUUGGGGCCAGUCACAUCCUUAUGAAAAUGUGGAAUUUCGGCAACUUCUGGUGCGAGUUCUGGACUGCCAUCGAUGUGUUGUGCGUCACAGCCAGCAUCGAGACCCUGUGCGUGAUUGCAGUGGAUCGUUAUGUUGCUAUCACAUCGCCCUUCAAGUACCAGAGCCUGUUGACAAAGAAUAAGGCCCGAGUGGUCAUCCUGAUGGUAUGGAUUGUCUCCGGCCUUACCUCCUUUUUGCCUAUCCAGAUGCACUGGUACCGUGCCACCCACCAGGAAGCUAUGGACUGUUACACCAAGGAGACUUGCUGUGAUUUUUUCACGAACCAAGCCUAUGCCAUCGCUUCCUCAAUCGUGUCUUUCUACGUGCCUCUGGUGGUGAUGGUCUUUGUCCUAUUCCAGGUCUUCCAGGUGGCCAAGAGGCAGCUGCAGAAGAUAGACAGAUCUGAAGGAAGAUUCCACGCCCAAAACCUCAGCCAGGUGGAGCAGGAUGGGAGGAGCGGCCACGGACUCCGAAGGUCCUCCAAGUUCUGCCUGAAAGAACACAAAGCCCUCAAGACCUUAGGCAUCAUCAUGGGCACGUUCACCCUCUGCUGGCUGCCCUUCUUCAUUGUCAAUAUUGUGCAUGCCAUCCGGGAUAACCUCAUCCCCAAGGAAGUUUACAUCCUUCUGAACUGGCUGGGCUAUGUCAACUCUGCUUUCAAUCCUCUCAUCUACUGUCGGAGUCCAGAUUUCAGGAUUGCCUUUCAGGACCUUCUGUGCCUUCGCAGGUCUUCUUCGAAAACCUAUGGAAAUGGCUACUCUAGCAACAGCAAUGGCAGAACAGAGUAUACAGGGGAGUCGAGUGCAUGCCCGCUGGGGCAGGAGAAAGAACAUGAACUGCUGCGUGAGGAUCCCCCAGGCACGGAAGGCUUUGGGAACUGUCAAGGUACUGUCCCCAGCCUUUGCAUUGUCUCCCAAGGAAGGAACUGUAGUACAAACGACUCGCCACUGUAGUCCAGGCUUUCUGCUCUUUAAGACCCCUCCCUGACAGGACACUAACCAGACUAUUUUAACUAGAGUGUAAUAACUUUAGAAUAAAAUUGUAUAGAGAUUUGCAGGAGGGGCACAUCCUUCUGCCUUUUUUAUUUUAUUUUUUUUAAGCUGCAAACAAGAGAGAGAGAGAGAGAGAAAGAGAGAGAGGGUGGGUGGGUGGGAAAGCAACUGUAUUUGAGUGUUUAUUGUUUUCUUGUAUAGUUCAGUUCCUCUUUGUAUGGAACUUAAAAGUUUCUGUCUGAAGUGUGUUGGUUCUGGAGGACCGAGUCUGUCUGAGUGUCUGGGUGAUGUUUCCAUGUAUCUACCUCACUGGCCAAGUAUUAAGGAUAAUAUAUAUUGCUGCUGGCAAUCUAUAGCUAAAGGAGAAAGUAUUCUUCCUGUACCCUUGGACUUGAAAUAUCCUGCGUCUUGGACCUUUCUGCUGUGAAUAUGAACUCUCUCUCUCACUCCACUUAUUUGCUCAAAUGGAGUGUUGUAGGCAGGGAUUUUGAGGGACAACAUCAGUUGUUUUUCUGAGCAAAGUCUAAAGUUUACAGUAAAUAAAUUGUUUGACCAUGA